AUGUGGAAGGAUCGCUCAUGCAAGUUGUGUGGAAGCAGAAUUCAGUUGAGUGCGAGUGCACAUCGUGCCUCCGUGGGGAAGGGCCAUUCCCCCAUUGCGUGGUUGUGCGGGGCAUUCCCAGUCCGACGGCUUGCGCCAAUUGCCAUUGGGCAGGCCGUGACAACCGCUGCCACUACCGGCAGCCCGCUACAACCAUUCCAACCCAUGCCUCGCAGCAACCUCGAACAACCACCGGAGGCCCUCUCCCUCACGCCACCGCAGCCCCCUCUCCCCUCCCGCCAUUCAUCAGGUCCUGACUCAACUCACUCAGGCCCUGGGGUCCAGCCGGGGCCCUCGCGCCCAGCUGCAGGAACUGAUUGA